AUGGCGGAUCACAACCAAAAGGCUGAGAUCUUUGAACUCAACAAUGGAACCGUGCAGCUUCUCGUUACCAAUCUCGGUUGCACAAUCACAUCCUUCUCUGUUCCUGGCAAAGAUGGCGUAUUAUCCGAUGUUGUUCUUGGUCUGGACGCUGUUGAAUCCUAUCAGAAAGGUCUUGCUCCUUAUUUUGGCUGCAUUGUGGGUCGGGUUGCAAACCGGAUUAAGGAUGGAAAGUUUAAACUGGAUGGAGUUGAGUACUCUUUGCCUCUCAACAGACCCCCAAACAGUCUUCAUGGUGGAAAUGUUGGGUUUGAUAAGAAGGUAUGGGAGGUACUUGAAUAUAAAAAAGGCGAAACUCCUUCAAUCACUUUUAAGUAUGAAAGUCAUGAUGGAGAGGAAGGUUAUCCUGGAGACAUCACCGUUACCGCAACUUACACACUCACCUCGAGCACGACUCUGAGGCUCGACAUGGAAGGAGUGCCUAAGAACAAGCCCACAAUCAUUAACUUAGCUCAGCAUACAUAUUGGAACUUAGCUGGCCAUAACUCUGGCCAUAUACUUGAUCAUUCAAUCAAGAUACCAGCUAACCAUGUCACUCCUGUAGAUCAGAACACAGUGCCAACUGGCGAAAUCUUGCCAGUGAAGGGUACACCUUUUGAUUUCACGACCGAGAGGAGAAUAGGCGACACCAUUAAUCAGGUUGGACUAGGAUAUGACCAUAACUACGUCCUCGAUUGUGGCGAAGAGAAAGCUGGUUUGAAGCAUGCUGCCAAAGUUAGAGAUCCAUCGAGUUCAAGGGUACUUAACUUGUGGACGAAUGCACCCGGCAUGCAAUUCUACACAGCAAAUUACGUCAACAACUUAGCUGGAAAAGGUGGCGCUGUAUAUGAAAAGCAUGCUGGAUUAUGUCUCGAGACACAAGGAUUCCCUGAUGCAGUAAACAAGUCGCAUUUCCCAUCUGUUGUGGUUCGACCUGGCGACAAGUAUCAACAUUCUAUGUUGUUUGAAUUUUCAAUUGAAUGA